AGAAUUCAAAAUUAAAAAAAAAUGUUAAAUCAAUUGAUUACCAUGAAUCAUGUAAAUCAAUCGAUCGAUAUUGAUAAUUCGAUUGAUGAAAAAAAUGAUCGUUGGAAUCAUUUACAUCUUUAUAAUGGUCUUAAACAAUAUAAUAUUGAUCCAGAUAAUAGACGUUAUCCAUGUUGUUUAGUUUGGACACCAUUACCAUUAAUACAUUGGAUUUUACCACCAAUCGGUUUUAUUGGUCAUCUUGGUAUUGGUCGUUCGGAUGGUGUUGUUCUUGAUUUUGCCCGUCCAUAUCGUGUAUCAAGAGAUUCAAAAAAAUAUGGUAGAAGAUUAAAAAUUCUUCCAUUAAAUCCAAAAUUAGCACGUGAUGGUACAAUAGAAUCAUGGGAUAAUGGUAUUGAACAAGCGGCAAAAAUUUUUGCAAAAAAACCACAUCUAAUAUUAUGGAGUAAUUGUUAUACAUUUGUUGCAUCAGCAUUAAAUAUAAUGGAAUAUAAUGGUCGUUCGGAUUAUACUGGAACAGAAUUAUUUUGGUUAUUACAUAAUCAUUCGGAUUAUCUUGAUACCAGAGCCUUUGUUCGUACUUGGGCACCAUUUGCUGUGAUCAUUUUAUUGGCAAUAUUUUUACAUUUUCUAUUCGCUAGUUUAUUAAUUGAUUUUUGACAACAA